CCCGAGAAGGAGGCUGCUGCUGCGGGAAAACCUGAUCCUCAGACAGGUUGGAAACUCAAGCAUCCUCUGGUGCGUCCACACAGGAGUAUAUAAGAGGACUGAGGCAGCUGCAAAGCCUCAUCCUGAUUCAUCUAUCUGCUGCUGCUGUGGAGCUACUCGGAGAGGACAGACAGACAACAGCGGACCAACAUGUCGCUCACCUCCAUCCUGUCAGCUGACGACAUUGACAAGGCCAUCAAGGACUGUCAAGCUCCAGACACGUUCAGCUAUAAGAAGUUCUUCCAGCUGUGUGGUCUGUCCUCAAAGACACCGCAGGAAGUCAAAGAUGUCUUUCAGAUCCUCGAUGAGGACAACAGUGGCUUCAUCGAGGAGUCCGAGCUCAAGUACUUCCUGCAGCGGUUUGUCCCCGGGGCAAGGAUACUGACUGAUAAAGAAACCAAGAGCCUCAUCUCAGCAGCUGAUGAUGACAGUGACGGCAAAAUUGGAGUGGAGGAGUUCCAGACCAUGGUCCUGUCCUGAGUCUUCAGGUCCUCAUGUCUUCAGCCUCCUUCUCCCUGUGAUUCCCGAUGUUUUCUAUUGACUUCUGUGUGUGCUGAUUGUGUUUGAAUGACAUUUUGUCCAUUUAAAGACUAAGCAGACUGUUAAUGUGUCCACUUUUUUUUCCUGCUAUGUGCGCCCCCCC